AUGGUUCUCUAUUUCACGUCCAAUGUGGUGACCCCGUCGGCGGUGGUGUACAUGGGCAAGGACAAGUUCGAGAACGAGGACCUGAUCAAGCACGGAUUGGAGCAGGACGUCUGGUUCCACGUUGACAAGCUCUCCAGUGCUCACGUCUACCUCCGCCUGACUCCUGACAUGACCUGGGACAACAUCCCUCAACCCCUCCUCGACGACCUCGCCCAACUGGUCAAGGCAAACUCGAUCGAGGGCAACAAAAAGAACAACCUUACCAUCAUCUACACUCCCUGGGCCAACCUCAAGAAGUCCGGAGAUAUGGAUGUGGGCCAAGUCUCGUUCAAGAAGAACAAUCUUGUGAAGAGAGUCCAUGUUGCCGAGAGGAUCAACGACGUUGUCAACCGGUUGAACAAGACCAAGGUGGAGCGGUUCCCGGAUCUGGCACAGGAAAAGGCGGAUUAUGAGCGGAAUCAACGUCGGGCUGUGAAGCAGAAGGAGAGUGAGAGGGUUCAGGAUGAGUACAAGAAAGUGCAGGAUUUGAAGAAGAAGGCUGCUGAUAGAGGGUACGCGUCGAUCUUUGAGGAUGAGGAGAUGAUGAAGGGGUCGUCUAAUUACCGUAACAUGGACCAUGAUGGUGACGCCGAGGCCUUUGAGGAUGACUUUAUGUAG